AUAAUUAAGAAAGAAUACAUUGCACAUUGUUUUGCACAAAAUAAAAUAAUAAUAAUAAAAGUAAAACUAUAAUUUUUUUAAAAAAAUGUGUAGUAUACAAGGCUUUUCAAAGUAGCAGUUUAAUCAAAAACAACAAAAAUAAUAUAAUAAUUACUCGUACAAAACAAAUAAUAAUAAUUAAUAAUAAAUCAGAUUUUGUAAAAAUCAACCUUUUAUGCCCUCAUGUUCUAUACUGCUGGGCAAAACGAAUUCUAAUUUGAAUUUGAAACACAAUACAUACACACAAAGUACCAUAAUUCCAACAUGUGCCAACAACACCAAUAGAAAUAUUUAAAAACAAAAGAAAAAAAAAACAAAAUCAAGUAAAACCAAAACCGAAAAUGGCUAGCAAACUAAUCAACCACAACCCAUACCAACCCAUAACUGACGAACUUUCAUAGCCUUAAACGAGUUGUGGCCAAACAAGUUCUUGCAUGCGCCUGUCUGCAGGUCUGCUUGCUCUGCACCACACGCGUUGCUUUACUUGCUCCGCAUGAGGCACUCUAGACAGGUUACCACUGCCAACUCAUUUACAUGGCGGUUAUUUGAAAACUAGCAAUAACAACAAAACAAUAGAAGACAUUUUAUUUAUUGACAAAAAUGUGAUUGUGAAAUUCGAAACUUGAUUUUCCACCCAACAAAAAAAAUUGUGUCGAAUUAAUAGCCACAAAAAUAUUGAAGUGACCUUAAUUGGGUGCGCUAAAAAAUUAAAGUAUAAAAUAACAACAAAGCCACUCAUCUUUAAAUAGCAAAAGUGCACGUCGGGAAGUGAUAAAAUCAACGUUCCCAGCAAAUCACCGAAGUCGUCAAUUGCGAUUGAAUAAGUGCCGAAAAAAUUGUAAGAAAAAAAACAAACACACGUACGUGAAGCUGGCUCAGCGUUGAAGUAAUAUAAUAAUGGAAAAAAAUCAUUAAAAAUCACCGCUGACGAAACAGGGAAGUGCAAUUGGAAAAAUUAACAGCAAGUAUAAUAAGAAAAAAAAAACAACAACAAGAAAAAUAUUCAUAUAUACGAAUUAAAUUAGUGCACACAAAGUGUUUGAGCAAGGAAAAAGAAAUAAAAAAAAUUUUAACUGAAAUUGCAUAGAAACGUGCAUAUAUAUAUACACACACACACAUACCUGUGCACUAAAAUAAAAGAGCAGAGUGGAAAACAACAACAACAGCAACAGAAAAAUUCCACGAAAAUCCGCAAUGCAUACACUGCACGCCAAACGAAGAAAAUGCGCAACUAUGCCAACAACAACAGCAGCAAGAGCAACAACAAGGCAUUCGCCUUUACUACUCAUCGGCUCAGUUUGUGUAUUACUUUUGUUCACUGCACAAAUGGCUAAAGCUCAAGACUUGCAGAGUCUGAAUGAUGCAAAUGUGCAUAUAGCCGCAACAACAACAACACCAACUCCAGCGAAUAGUGAUGCUGCAAUUGUAACAACAAUACCAGAUGACGAAGCCACUACAACACUGCCAGCAAUAAUAAUAGCAAAUGGCGCGUCUGCGCUGAACGCGUCUUCAUCCACAGUCGAAAAUGCCAUAAAGACGGCUACAGUAGAUGCAGUGGAGGCGUCUACUGGCGCUGUGUUGAGUGAUAGUUCAACGACUUCUACUUCAUCUACUCCUGCUGUUCCUAUAACAACACCAUCAACGGCAUUACAUGAUGAUGAUGCACAAUCGCUUUUGACUACUACGGAGGCAGCGGCGUUGGCGGCGGUGACGUCAGCUGUUGCAGCGGCUGAUGAGGGCAGUAAUGUAGCGCAUAAAUUGGAUGUUGUUGAUUCAUCACUCAGUUCCACAACAACACCGGCAACGGAGGCACCGCUACCCGCUGCAGAAACGACGCUUUCAGGACAGCAUGACGACGCCGCUGCACCGAGCACGGCUAUCACAAACAAUAGCGCACCGGCGCCGCCAUACGCGUUACCAGUAACUACAAUAGAACCCAUCGCCACUACUGAACCGACAACAACGCCCACAGGCGAGCGACAGGCGAAAGAACACAAAGAGCACGUUGUCGAUAGCGAAACGCUUCAAACCAUAACAACAACAACAAGUCCAACCAGCGGGACACCUCUUGAGAGUGAGCCAAUAAUAGUGCCACAUGUAUUGGCCGAGCAUGCCCAACAUAUUAUCGAAGAAGAAAAAGCCGAACACAAUCACAAUCAUACGCAUCUGACAAAAGACGAAGCGGAGCAUAUACAACAUAUACACGGUCAUCACGGACACGAACAUAUCCAUGGGCAUGAGCAUGAGCACGACCACGCACAUGAGCCUGGGCACGAGUAUGCGCACGUGCAUAUUGAAGAAGACGAGCAUGAGCGUGGUCAUGAUCACGAACACGAUCAUCAUCACAUCGACGAAGAGCAUUCCACAGACCAUGUGAUCUCCUCGACCUCAAACGAUAUUUUUGCUGAGGGCAAAGAACCGAGUAAGCCGCUGGAAAGCCACGAUGUCGAAAGCGUGAAAAGUGUAGAGGGUGAAAAUGACACACAUAGCGCUGAGAAAAUCGCCACUCCAGCUGAAGUGCUCAUCAACCAGAUAUCACAUGAAUUCGAAGAGGACAAAGAUCUGAAUAAUUUUCGACAUCCGGCAACACUGAUUACCGCCAGUAAUAGUGAUGAGUCGAUGAUGGCCGCCAUGAUGGCUGCAGCAAUGCAGAAGGAAAAUGAAAGUGAUACGACCGCAACGGAGGCGCAACACGAAGAGGAUCCAUAUCACGCGCACAUACUUUCCGAACAGCACGACCGUUUAGCGGAGCAAGAAGAUUUCAAACUAAUUGCUGAGGAUAUGAAUAGUACUUCGGAAGCGCCCAAUGCAUAUUUGAUAGCGACAUCAGCAAAGACAACUGAUGUGGCAAAUGAGAAACCCCUCAGUAGUGAAGAGAGUAGAUCAGUAGUGGCGCCAGUCAGCGCUCUGAAUGAAUCGAACACUGCAAAUGAGGAGCGUGGACGUGCUAUGAAUAUUGUGCAUGAGCAGAAUGGUGAGGUAAUGCCAAAUGCAACUACAAAAUCCAGUUCCAUUGAAGAAGAACCAGUUGUAGUGCCGAUCGCCAUUGAAGGACAAUCGCCCGAACAGCAACACGAACACAUACACACCGACGACCACGAACAUAUGCAUGAACACAUGGUUGUACAAACCACCACACCAACAACACCAACAACAACAUUGAAAACAGAAUCAAUGGAAAGCAACAACAAUGAUGAAUCACAUAAUCAUCAUCAUGAGGAGCAAUCAUCAACACCAUUCCCACAACAUUUCUUCUAUCACGGCGAGGGUCGCUCUGUGGGCGAUAGCAUUUCGGCGGAGAAUGAUGAUGUACCAUUGAACUAUCAUUACCACAACUUUGUGACCACAGAGCGCGAUGGCAGUAACAACAAUAAUAAGAGUUUACCACAAAAGAGUGGCGCAUUGAUAGAUUUGAGUGAUAUUAGUAUGGAUGACGAUGAUCAAAUGGUUAUGACGCACAAAACCCACGAACAACAUCAACAUGGCCAACAUUUGGAGCACAAUCCAAACAAUCAAAGCAACAGCGAAGACCAGCCACAACAACAAAAUGAAGAAAUGCUCAAGAUUACCGAGGUUACAUCAGCAGCUGUGGGCGCGGUCGCAAUGCACCAAGAUUGCACUGGCAGCGAUGACAAAAUGUACAAGAAUGGCGAAACAAUGAAUCGUGGCUGUGAUGAACGUUGCACGUGUAAUCGCGGUGAAUGGAUUUGUGAACCACGUUGUAUGGGUAAUACAUUUAAACUGGUUGGUGGUGCACCACACAUGGAUUUAUCGCAACAACAACACUGCCAACAAGUGGCUAUAGAUGAAUGUUGUGCGACCAUGGAAUGUGGCCUAUUGCCCACAAUGAGCGCACCGGAAUUAAACGCUGAAGGUGGACUUAAUGGUGCCUCUGCGCAAGCUGCACGACCCGACUGCCAACACAACGGUAAUGUGUAUAAAUUCCGCGAGCGUCUGGAAAUCGGUUGCGAAGAGAUUUGUCAUUGCGACGAAGGUGGCAUAAUGAACUGUAAACCACGCUGUCCGGAACGAAAUCAUACUCGUCUUGAUAAGUGUGUCUAUGUUAAGGAUCCAAAGGAUGUGUGCUGCCAAUUGGAGCUGUGCGAUGUAACACUUGACGAUCACGAGCAAACACCAUCGCCACCAACAGCACAAAACUCUAUCACCGACGAUCAAUAUGGCACCGAGGAAGCACGUGACAUUUCGGGCGGCCAUGAGUCGGCCGAUUGUGAGUAUAAAGGUCAACAUUAUCACGACGGUCAACAAUUCCACGACGGUUGCGAGCAAUUAUGUAUUUGCACACUAGAAGGUGUCCAUUGCGCCAAACUACAGUGUCCUUCAACUUUCGGUUUGGAUCUUAUGAAUCCGCAUUGUUUGCGCUGGGAACCGGAACCGGCAGAUUUUGAGCCGAAAGCACCCAAUUGCUGUCCGGAGAAGAUGCGUUGUGUAGAUAACGGCACCUGUAGCUACCAGGGUCUUACAUUCGACAACUGGUCACCGAUACCGACUAAUCUAACUGGUUGCGAGCAACAUUGUUAUUGUGAGAAUGGCAAGGUUGAAUGUCGUCCAGCUUGUCCGCCGGUGCUCGCCUUGCCGCCACCCGAUUUACCUUGCCAUCCCGCGCAGGCACGCAUUUUGCCAAUACCCGACGACGAAUGUUGCAAGCAUUGGGCAUGUGCGCCACUAACACCCAAACUUAGUAGUGGAAGUGAUGCUGAAACCUCGUCUACAAUGUCGCCACCACCAAUGCAUGCCUUCAAUACUGAAGGAAUUCACAAUCCAAGCGCACCAACAUCUACCGAAGAGCCGAACAACACUGGCAGCAUGACAACGCACGCUUCAAAUGAUAAAAAUGAUAUUUACCCAAGCAAAGGGCAUGAGAAGCCAGCACGACCUGGCGAUGCCUUCUAUCCCACUAUCGAUGGAAAACCACCGAAGAGCGCCUCACCAUUUGGCGACUUGCGUCCGGAAAAGCACGAUAAACACGAAAAGUUCAUUAAGAAGCCGGUAAUUGUGAAACCUCAACAAAAUGAAGUAAAAUACGAUGUGCACGAGCCACAAGAUGAACAAGACACCAUGCCACCAGGCUUUAUACCCCUACACCUAGGCAGACCUGGUGGACCGGGCGCUGUAAAUUACAAUCCACACUUGCCCACAGCUGGGCAUCCGGGACCAUACGGCUUCUACAAUCCCGCACAGCCGCCGAAAGAUCACUUUGAUCCCUAUAAUCCGUAUGAACCUUACGAUAUCAGUCCCAAUGGCAUCGCACAGGGUAAACCGCCAGCACCAACUAGCCAAUCGGAUUUGUUUAACAUUUUAGGUGCUGGACCACCCGCCGCCCAUCCACCAGGUGUAGCACCUGCAGGUGGCGGCCCGCCUGGCCCGCCACCAGGUUUUAAAGGCCCCGCCAAUUUGUCACCUCACGUGCGCAUCGAACAUAUCUUACAACACCUACAACAUACACCUGUACAGAGUGCUUAUAUCGGUGGUCAUGGACAUGGUAACGAGAGUGGCGCUAAUGGCGUACCGCAACAACAGUUAUUGCAUCAUUCACAACCGGGUCAGUCACCUCUACACGCACAAUAUGUGCCCAUAGUACAUAGUGGUUUACCACCACCACCACCACCACAUGGCAUAGCGAUUGUCGAUGGUCAACCGGUGGCCUAUGGUGGUUUCCCAGUAGUGCCAGGACUUGGACAGCCACCUCACGUACCACAUGUGCAUCCAGCGAAUGUGAACACAAACAACAACAGCAAUUUACUACCGCAUCAGCAAUUGCAGGAACAAUCGGCGAGCAGUUCAACCAAUUUCGAGGCCACCACCAGCGCUGCGGGCUUGACCGCGCAAUCCACCGAACAUGCUGUGCUUCCAGCGAUUAUAGGCACAGCUCCACAUCAUCAUCUCAGUCAAAAAGGCUUUAACAAUCUGCAAAGCGGCAUUGAAGUACUCAACCUGCAAGCCAUAGAUCCGCGCACAAUUCGAAUUAUUUUCACAGUGCCGCCAACUUAUGUUAAUCUACAUGGUCGUGUCGAGUUGCGCUACACGAAUGGUCCUGGUAAUGACACCACCACCUGGGAACAGCAAAUCUUUGCACCACCCGAAGAUCUGAUUGCCACUUCACAGAUGGAGUUCGAUCUACCCGGUUUAGAGCCAAAUUCUCUGUACAAAGUAAAGAUCACGCUCAUACUGCGCGAUUUGAAUGCCCAGCCGUCGAGUCCAAUUUUGACUGUUACUACGCCCGCUGAUCGUACGAUUACGCCACCACCACAUAUUUCCGACUAUCGACCAGACUUUAAGGAUGUCUUCAAGAACAUAGACGAUCCGGAGUUGAAUGUUAGCGAAACAAACUCCACUUGGUUGCAGUUAACGUGGAAGAAGAUCGUCGACGAGCAGUUGGAAUAUGUUGAUGGCAUACAGUUACGUUACAAAGAAUUGACUGGACAAAUAUAUUCAUCCACACCAUUGGUGCAUCGCUCACUCACCAGUUAUACCAUUGAGAACUUACAGCCCGAUACUGGUUAUGAGAUUGGUCUAUUCUAUAUACCCUUAGCCGGGCAUGGUGGUGAACUCUUGGCUGGUCAUAUGAUUAAAGUGCGGACAGCGCCAAAGGUCGAUGUUUACAAUUUCGAUGUUAUGGUUAAUGUUACUAAGGUGAAGUCACAGAGUGUGGAGGUUUCCUGGAACGGUGUGCCAUAUCCAGAAGAUAAAUAUGUGAAUAUUUAUCGCGCUAUUUAUCAGAGUGAUGCUGGUAAGGAGGACUCGAGUGUUUUCAAAGUAGCCAAACGUGAUAGUACGACAGGUACAUUGAUAAUGGAUCUGAAGCCGGGCACGAAAUAUCAUCUUUGGUUGGAGAUGUAUCUAACUAAUGGUAAUAUCAAGAAGAGUAAUGUGGUGAACUUCAUGACCAAACCGAGUGGUCCAGCGACACCGGGUAAAACGGGAAAACUACUCACAGCCAGCGCUGGCGAAAAAAAAACAGUCGGAGAUUAUUAUGGACCACUAGUAGUUGUCUCAGUAGUUGCUGCUUAAAAAAAAAUGUCCACAAUAGUGCUGUUACUCAUAUUAACUAGGAGGCGAGUACAUCAGAAAAAAAAAAUAACGCCACCAAGAAAGAGCGAUGCAGCCUACGAUAAUCCUUCGUAUAAGGAAAAAAAAAAACAGGAGACAAUGAACCUGUAGCAUUUUUAAGCUCUAAAGCUGUGUGCGUUUCUUCACUCCAAAGGUCAGGUCGCCUAAGGAAUGCGAGUCCUAGUUGUAAUAGAAAUUAGG